CAGGACCGGAUGGCCGACAACAUGUCUGCACUGGGAGAACACCUCACAGAUGAGGAGAAGGAGAUCAUCAAUGGGGUGCUGGCUCGUGCCGCUAAGAUGGAGGCCAUGGAGCAGCAGAGGAUUGAGCGUCUGUCCAGUCGUCUGGACAACAUAAAGAAGACGGCAUGUGGGGAUGGACAGUCGCAUUGCCUGCUGUGUGGAGCAUCCUUCGGAGCUCAGGGGGUCACAGCUGUUCUCUGUUCUCACUGCAAAAAGCACAUGUGCAGUAAAUGUGGGAUCUGGAGUAACAGCAGGACAUGUCCAACGUGGCUUUGUCGGAUCUGCAAUGAGCAGCAAGAGGUACAGAAACGCUCAGGGGCUUGGUUUUAUAAGGGCAGAGAUCAACCAGGGCUGCCCUCCCCACUGCCUCUCUCCAGCACUCUACAGUCCAACACAGACAACAGCACCGGACAAGGAGGCCACAGUCGGUCACAGGGACAAAGACAGCAUCCUCAGACUGAUGAGCGACAGCAGAAGCAGUCCUCUGCAUCAGAACAAUGGGAGCAGACGGCAAGAACAACAACUGACAGCUGCAAUGAGGCUCAUUCUGCUCAGGCAGCUGUAAUGAAGACAGAGCGACAUGUGUUAGCUUCCAAACCCCCCCAGGCGAACAUGCAGCAGACAGCCCCCUCCUCAGCAGUAAAUGUGGAGAACAAUCAUGCUGAGAAAGUAAGGACAAUGUCCUCUCCAGCUGUGGAGGAACCACGACAACCUGUUGUCUCCGGCCCAGCUUCAUCUUUCACACCUGCAACCCGAAUUAUGCCACCAGUGAAUCCACCUUCCAACAAUACGGCUCCUCAGAAAUCCCCUUCAGAUCACACAGAGGAAAACGACAAUGACUAUGACUCAGAUGACGCAACCACACUGGGAUCUCUUGAGUUCAGCCUCCUAUAUGAACAGGAGAAUCAUGCUCUACACUGCUGUAUCAUUAAAGCUAAGGGUUUAAAACCAAUGGAUUCUAAUGGACUCGCAGAUCCAUAUGUUAAGCUACAUUUGCUACCUGGAGCCAGUAAGUCCAACAAGCUUCGUACCAAGACUCUUAAAAACACCCUGAAUCCUGUUUGGAACGAGACACUGAUCUACCACGGCAUCACAGAUGAGGAAAUGCAACGCAAAACACUCAGGCUUUCAGUGAGCGAUGAGGACAAGUUUGGACACAAUGAAUUCAUCGGAGAGACACGGGUUGCCCUAAAGAAACUGAAGUUCGACCAAAAGAAGAGUUUUAACGUUUGUUUGGAGAGAGUGAUCCCGGUGAAGAAGGCUGUUGGAGGAUCAAUUCGUGGAAUGGCACUUUACGAGGAUGAUCUGAACGAAGGCGAGGACUCAGAGGAAAGGGGACGCAUCCUGAUAUCACUGAUGUUUAACAGCCAGCAGAGCCGUCUGAUAGUGGGCGUGAUCCGCUGUGCUCAUCUGGCUGCCAUGGACUCCAACGGAUACUCAGAUCCCUUUGUAAAAAUAUGUCUGAGGCCAGAUAUGGGAAAGAAAGCCAAAAACAAAACGCAGAUAAAAAAGAAGACCCUCAACCCAGAGUUCAACGAGGAGUUCAGCUAUGAAAUUAAGCAUGGCGAGCUCGCCAAGAAAACUCUGGAUGUAUCAGUCUGGGACUAUGACAUGGGAAAAUCCAACGACUUCAUUGGGGGCUGUCAGUUGGGCAUCCAGGCUAAAGGAGAGUGUUUGAAACACUGGUACGAAUGCCUCAAGAAUAAAGACAAGAAAAUAGAGCGCUGGCAUGUUCUGCUUAACGACAACACCGUCCAGUUUGAGGAUUAAAUUAUCCUUUAAUUAUUCAAUUGUCUUCUGUGCUAAUUUAGGAUGUCCCUACCCAAUACUGUUUUUCAUUUCAUUAAGGUUUAACAACUCCUUUGCAUUUUGUUUUUAUGUUUUUCUUUCUAGAAGUACAAUGUGAAUUUUAAAUAUGUUGUGACAAACAUGGAUGUCGAUCUAAAGUAACCCCCUACCUGCACACCCACACCUCCUAAACUAAUCCAGGAAACCUAUCAUAUCAUAUCCUGCAUAAUAUGAUAAAUGAGCCGCUGAACUGAGCGUUUAUCAUAAUUCAAGGGGAAGAUAAAGUUUUUGUUAUCACUGUUAUCAGGCGAGAACGUUGUAUUGAAGUUUGCACAGAUCCUCAGGCUCAAAGGAGGGAAUUCCCGGUUGUCUGUCUGUCCUUUGUUCACCCCAUCAUACUAUUCCAGUGACCACGUCAUUACUGGGUGAAGAGGUCAGCUUUCCUGAUAUAUCUAAUCACAUUGUGUUAGUUGAUGUGUGAUGUUAUUCUGGUCUGUGCAUCAUCCAAAACAAAACAAACAAAAGAUUUUUGUAUUUUAUUUGUGCUUUUGUGCCAAAUGACCAUGCAUCUCAAUUUCGAUAAAUGGAUCCAAGACUAGUUGUACAUGUUGGCCUAAAUAUAAUGUAAUUUUCCUAUUAACUUAAAAUUUGCCAUUUAUGAAAUGUGAAAACUCAUAGUUUCCUCUAAAUGAUCCUGUGUUAGUUAUAUUUUUCAUUCAUAUGCUGAGUUCGGACUCACCGGCUGGAACCUCCCAAGGUAAGGUUACGUCAUAGCAUGGCGCCGAGGCCUGUUAGGAUUGGAAGACUCCUCGUUAUGCGGCCAACAAAUGCAGCCUUCUUUUUCCCCAUUUUGAAGGAUGGGUCUGGUGUGUCCUACAUAGCCUUGGGUUUCCCAUGAUUCAUUGCGAGUCCAAUCAAGCCGGCUGCUCUAUGCUAAGGGGAAAAAGGGAAACGUCUCCAAACAAUGGUGAAUAUUGUAACUGCAGUUUAAUAUGCUACAACUGAAUAGUUCUGUCUUAAAUUAAUGAAAAUACUUUGUUAGUCAGUCAGAUAUGUGGCAGUUAUGUUUGGUGUAUUGUAAAGUUUUGUCUGUCUCUGUGCAAAUGAGUUAGUCUAACAUUUAAGCACAGAUUACAAUAUCUCUUCAGUGUGGUGACCCAGAACUGUAGUGAGAAAUUGGGUAUCCAUUCUUUGCCUGCUUUGUUUGUCAACUGUAAAGGUUGCUAGGUGACAGAGUUUACAGUGGAAAGGUGAAGACUGGACCUGAUUAAAUCCAUAGCCUAAAUUCUUUUGGCCUCUUAUUUUUACGGACAUCGACGAACCCAGUCCAGGUAGACCGGGUCCUUCGGAAAUUGAAUGCACUGUCACUAGCCGAUCCGUCCCGGAAGCACGAUCCGUCCUGCGCAUGCGCAAAGAGAUAUACAUCCAGGUGUCCAUAAAUGUAAAUGCAAUGUAAAUAUGGUACUAAAAUUACUUAUUUAUAUCCUUAACUCUCUAAAGAAUGCUAAUACACAUCUUUAAAAAAUGUUUAUGACUUUUGUGAGACAAUUUUUUACAUUUUCUCCACGAAAGAAAAACAUAAAACUCAAAAAGAGUGGAUUGAUGUUUAAAUCCAAAGCUGAAAAAUUAACCACCGGAAGUAGCGCAGGAUCCCACUUCUGGUACAGAUCUGGCAGAGACGAGUGAUAAAACAGAAAGGACUUUAUGGCAUUUAUUUCAUCAGGAAAUACAUUAUAUUUUAGUACUUUUACUAUUUUUGGAGAGGGUAUACGCCAUUUAGGUCUUUUUAACAAAAUAAAAUCGAAGUCGACCCGGAUGUAUAUCUGGCCCCCAAAAGCAGCGUCAGCAUUUAAAUGUCUACGUUCAUCCCCCAUGCUGCUCUGUUGUCUCCCACUAUCUUCUCCGUGAGCAGAACUUGGCUCAACCAAUGGGAGGAGGGUAUUCUGGAUCGCUACAUAUAUGUUGUCAGCUCAAUGGUCACAACACAGGACAGGGCCCGGGAACAAGUUUACCGUAAGUUUUGUAUCUAACGUGCCCUUGUUCUUCAUUUUCCAUUAGCUUUUUACUGACUAUUUUUUACUCUCACAGUAAUACAGGACAAAGUGCUUUCCGUUUCCACUAAAUACUUGACAGGUACUUCUAUUUCUAAAUAUGGAACGAUUCCAUUUUUCAAUUGACGGUUUGCAGCCCUACUUAAUUGUAAACUGGAGCUCUUUUUGGCUUAUGUAAAUCUCCAUCUGAGAAAGCAUCUCCUAACAACAGCUGUACAAACACCAGCUUCUUCAGCCGACUCUCCUAUUCCUCUGUUUGGUCCUCCUUAUCUUCUUCAUCUUUUGUGUUUUCUACAUUGUCAUAAAUUUCAAGAAGAUCCCUUUCAAUCUGAAAAGUUUUUUUUUUUUACUUCAUUGCUGUUUUAUCACUACAGGACCUGGCAUAGGUAAUUUAUCCAGAAUGCAUUGCAGCAUAACAUGUGACAAUAUUUGAUUUAGAUUUAUUAAAACUGAGCAGCUCACAGUAUUGAAAAUUAAUAUUUUGACAAUAAGAUCUAUUGUGACAACUAGUCAUGGAUCCUUUUUAAUUAUACAUUUCAGAAAAGAUCAAACAAGUUCUUUGGGUCCUUGCAGCUCACUUUCCUGCAUGCAUGUGCUAGCAGUCUGUUUCUGCAGGAGAAAUUAAAAAAGCAGAUUAAAGCUUCUGCAUGAUGCUUCACUGUAAAACCACCUAAAUCUGACCAUACAGAACUGUGGUGAGCGAAAGACAUCAUUAAUAAUUCCUGUUAAAACUUUCCCAAAUGCUCCUCUACCCUGUACACCUGUAUUAUUGCUGAUGCAUGGAUGAACCUAUGUUUUUGCAAACAUGUGGCUAAUUAAUAAAAACAUGAUGGCAGUUGA